AUGGCUGAAGAGAGAACACCCUUGCUGACCGCAAAAGAUGACACAGAGUCUACCUAUGUUAACGUCGUCCCUAACAAAGGACCGGGGAAUUACGCUCAUGACCACACCACUUCUCAGGUCAUCAAGGACACAAGGUUUGCUCAAGAUUCCAGUGGUUCUGGCUCAACAGAUGUCAGAGAAAACCUCCUGUAUGAGCCCUAUGAUGGUCCUCUUGUUACAAGAAAUCCAUACUUACGUCAAAGUUCCAGUGUAGCUGAAAUAACACAGCCAAUCUACCUAUCAUGGAAAGACAUCAAUGUGUAUGCCAUGCCACAAGACCGGGGAUGUUGUCGGGGUCCUCCAAAAGGUGCAGAGCCCAGACACAUUCUACGCAAUGUAUCUGGAAUAGUGAAACCAGGAACAUUGCUGGCUAUCCUAGGGGCUAGUGGAGCUGGGAAAUCUACGCUGAUGAAUGUGUUGACCUACAGGAACCAAACAAAGAAUUUAGUGGUACAAGGCGAUGUGCGACUCAACGGAGUCGAGGUUGGCAAAAAUAUUCGCAACAUGUCCGCCUACCUUCAACAGGAUGACCUUUUUAUAGGGUCUCUAACUGUAAGGGAGCAUCUGACAUUCAGGGCACUUCUGAGAAUGGACAAGCGAAUUGGUAAGAGAGAGCGUCUACAGAAGGUUGAGGAAGUUAUAAAUGAGCUUGGCCUCACCAAAUGUGCAAACACAGUGAUUGGAACACCAGGUCGAGUGAAAGGGAUUUCUGGAGGAGAGAGAAAACGAUUGGCGUUUGCCUCGGAGGUGCUGUCGAAUCCCCCUCUGAUCUUUUGUGAUGAACCCACCUCUGGUCUUGACUCUUACAUGGCAAAGAACAUUGUACAGACCCUUAAGUUACUGGUGUCUAAAGGACGAACAAUUAUCACUACUCUUCAUCAGCCAUCUUCCGAGGUUUUUGAAAUGUUUGACCAAUUGCUGUUGUUAACAGAAGGGCGAGUUGCAUACUUUGGACCUGCCAAAGAAGCAUUAGAAUUUUUCACUGGGGAGAAUUUCCAGUGCCCCCCGAACUACAAUCCAGCAGACCAUUUUAUCUUGACUCUUGCUAUCCUUCCAGAUAGUGUGGAAAAUUGUAAACGCAGAGCUGAGUCUAUAUGUAACUCUUUUGAGAAGACCAAUACCUGUAAGGCAAUUAUGGAGGACAUUGCUAAAGUAAUGGACACUUCUUCAACUGGACACAAUCUGAGUUCGGAGUUUGACUCUUCAAGAUACGGUGCUGGCUGGUUUUCUCAGUUCAUCAACGUUUUAUGGAGAAGUUGGGUGACCAAUGUUCGUGAUCCGAUGGUGUUUAAAGCAAAGAUAUUCCAGACCUGCGUUAUCUCUGUGCUGUUUGGACUGAUCUAUCUAAAGACAAACGAUGAGUACAACCAGAAUGACGUUCAGAACAUCAACGGACUCCUAUUUCUACUCCUCAUCCAGAUGACAAUGAUGAACCUCUUCGCUGUUAUCAAUCUAUUCCCGUUAGAGCUACCAAUAUUCCUGAGAGAAUAUGGAUCAGGCCUUUACGGAGUGGAUGUGUACUUUCUCAGUAAGAACAUUGCUGAGCUACCAGCCUUUACGAUUUUUCCGUUUACAUUCUGUACAAUCCUCUACUGGAUGGCAGGGUUAUACCAGGCAGCUGAUAAUUACCUCAUCCUCUGUGGAAUCAUCAUAUUUUCAGCCAACAUUGCGGGCUCCUUUGGUUACAUGGUGUCCACGGCGUUUAGUAGCGUAAAUGUAGCCCUAGCAGUGGCUCCAGCUAUUAUAACACCCUUACUUCUGUUUGGCGGCUUUUUCCUCAACAACAGUACGAUUCCUGACUGGUUGAUUUGGGUCAAGUACCUGUCCUGGUUCCAGUUCUCCAACGAACUGCUUUCGAUUAACCAAUGGAAAGAUGUCGACUCUGUCUACUGUGCCAAUGUGACAGAUUAUCCAGCCCCGGAAGGCUCUCCUGUAUGUGGUAGUGGGACUGCCAUUCUAGACGGGUUUGAUUUCAAGGAGGAUAACAAAUUGCUGGAUCUGGUGGUGUUGGCAGCACUAUUUGUGGGAUUCCGGCUGAUUUCUUUCAUUUUCCUGGUUAUCCGUGCCAAACGAUCCAAAGCUUGAAAUCAAGGCUCACCUCCUAAAAUGUUUGUAUCAAGUGUGUCCAUGAGAUGGAGGUUAAGAAUUUGAAGAAAUUAAUUUUAAGGUGUUCA